AAUCCGAGGUCUCUCCGAGGCAUGCCUUAUGUGGACAGCUCGUUAUGUCUAAAUGCGUCAAUCAGAUGUAAACUGCCUGUGUAGUGACAGAUUAGUGCACAGUACCAGUUACUUGUCAGAAGAUCAGCAAAAUGUCGGCGAUUUCAGAUGAUCAAAUUGGAGAAUACAGGGAAGCAUUUACUCUGUUUGAUCGAAAAGGAGACAAUAAGAUCGACUACGACCAAAUAGGAGAUGUCCUAAGGUCUCUUGGUCUUAAUCCCACUGCAGGCGAAGUAAAGAAGAUUGAGAAAGAUGUUGGUAAAAAGCGUGUAAGCUUUGAGGAGUUCCUUCCAAUCUAUCACUCAGCCUACCAAAAGAAAGCCAAUCCCUCAUUAGAAGAGUUUAUUGAAGGCUUCAGAGUGUUUGACCGUGAUGGCACAGGCACAGUACAGGCUGCUGAACUUAGAAAUUUGCUGACAACACUUGGAGAGAAACUCUCAGAUGAGGAUGUUAAUGUCCUGUUUGCUACUGUUGAUGAUAAUAGUGGAUACAUCAAUUAUGAAGAUUUUGUGAAGGUAAUAAUAUCAGCAUAGACAUUGGUGUGAUGUCAAGAGGCAGAGCAUUCUAUAACCCUACAUUUCUACGCUGUAUAGAUUACUAGAAAUCACCUUUUGUUGAAUAUCUAUAGCAAAUUUUGAUAAAUUUGAGUCUUUCUAUAAUAUAUUAUUACAUCUAUUCAUAAUGGCUUGUAUUUUUCACUAGACUUUGUAGAAUAAUAAAUAAAGUUUGAGAGCCUGAUCUUUUCCCAAGA